UCUCCCGAACCCGCCAGGCCGCGUCGCGUCCCCCGGACACCGUCGAACACCUAGUUCCACUCCCGCCUUGCUAGCACCGCGGCCGCCGCCAAUGAAACUCCUCCUGCUCCUAGUGGGUUUUUCCACUUUGUUGAAUUCUUCUUACACUCAAAAUUGCACCAAGACACUUUGUCUUCCAAAUGCAAAAUGUGAAAUACGGAAUGGAGUUGAAGCUUGUUACUGCAACAUGGGAUUUUCAGGAAAUGGCAUCACAAUUUGUGAAGAUGAUAAUGAAUGUGGAAACUUAACCCAGGCCUGUGGUGAAAAUGCCAACUGCACUAACACAGAGGGGAGUUACUAUUGUAUGUGUGAAGGUGGCUUCAGAUCCAGCAGCAACCAAGACAGAUUUAUCACUAAUGAUGGGACCAUCUGCAUCGAUAUAGAUGAGUGCAGUGAAUCAGCUGCCUGUGGUGAUCAUGCAGUAUGUUUAAACGUGGAUGGUGGGUUCAGCUGCUCCUGCAAGGAAGGUUAUCAGACAUCCACAGGAAAAGCACAAUUCACACCUACUGAUGGCACUUACUGCCAAGAAAAUGUGAAUUCAGACUGCCAUUUAGAUAAUGUCUGUAGUGCUGCAAAUAUUGAUAAAGUUUUAAGAAAGAUUGGACACAUAGACCAACCUGUGGCUUUACUACAAGAAGUCUAUAAAAAUUCUGUGAAAGAUCUUUCCCCGAUGGCUAUAAUUACAUAUAUAGAAAUAUUAGCAAAAUCAUCACCAUUACUGGGAGUCAUCAAUAGCACUAACUCAGACAAGGACACAAUUUCUAAUUCAACUCUUGCUGAAUUUGUAAAAACUGUGAAUAAUUUUAUUCAAAAAGAUACAUUUAUAGUCUGGGACAAGUUACCUGUGACUCAUAGAAGAAUUCAUCUUACAAAAUUGAUGCAUGCAGCUGAACAAGCUACCUUAAGUAUUUCUAAGAACUUCCAAAAGACCACUCAGUUUGAUACCAAUUCAAGUGAUGUAGCUCUCAGGGCAUUCUUUUUUGAUUCACAUCACAUGAAACAUAUUCAUCCCCAUAUGGAUGUGGAUGGAGAUUAUAUCAAGAUAUUUCCAAAGAGAAAAGCUCCAGAUGAUUCACAUGGCAGUGUUGCAGUUGCAUUUUUAUAUUAUAAGAGCAUUGGUCCCUUGUUCUCAUCAUCUGACAACAUCUUAUUGGAACCUCAAAGUUAUGAUAAUUCUGAAGAAGAUAAAAGAGUCAUCUCUUCAAUAAUUUCAGUCUCAAUUAGCUCAAAUCCACCCACAUUGUAUGAACUUGAAAAAAUAACAUUUACCUUAAGUCACAUAAAGACCACAGAGAAGUAUAGGAGUCACUGUGCAUUUUGGAACUACUCCCCUGAUACCAUGAAUGGAAGCUGGUCUUCAGAGGGCUGUGAGCUAACGUUCACAAAUGAGACCCACACCUCAUGCAGCUGUAAUCACCUGACACACUUUGCCAUUUUGAUGUCUUCUGGAACUUCCAUUGGUAUUAAAGAUUAUAAUAUUCUUACAAGAAUCACUCAACUAGGAAUAAUUAUUUCACUGAUCUGCCUGGCCAUAUGCAUUUUUACCUUCUGGUUCUUCAGCGAAAUUCAAAGCACCAGGACAACAAUUCACAAAAACCUCUGCUGUAACUUAUUCCUUGCUGAACUUGUUUUUCUUGUUGGGAUCAAUACGAAUUCUAAUAAGCUCUUCUGUUCAAUCACUGCUGGCCUGCUGCAUUACUUCUUUUUAGCUGCCUUUGCGUGGAUGUGCAUUGAAGGCAUCCACCUCUAUCUCAUUGUUGUGGGAGUCAUCUACAACAAGGGGUUUUUGCACAAGAAUUUUUAUAUCUUUGGCUAUCUCAGCCCAGCUGUGGUCGUUGGAUUUUCAGCAUCAUUGGGAUAUAGAUAUUAUGGCACCACCAAAGUAUGUUGGCUUAGCACAGAAAACAACUUUAUUUGGAGUUUUAUAGGACCAGCUUGUCUAAUCAUUCUUGUUAAUCUCUUGGCUUUCGGAUUUAUCAUAUACAAAGUUUUUCGUCACACUGCAGGGUUGAAGCCAGAAGUUAGUUGCUAUGAAAACAUAAGGUCUUGCGCCAGAGGAGCCCUGGCUCUUCUGUUCCUCCUGGGCACCACCUGGAUCUUUGGGGUUCUCCAUGUUGUGCGCGCCUCGGUUGUGACAGCUUACCUCUUCACCAUCAGCAAUGCCUUCCAGGGGAUGUUCAUUUUCUUAUUCCUGUGUGUUUUGUCCAGAAAGAUCCAAGAAGAAUAUUACAGAAUGUUCAAAAAUGUCCCUUGCUGUUUUGGGUGUUUACGGUAAACAGAGGGAACCUGGAUAAUUACUACCGCACAAAAAUAUAAAUGCCGGGUGGUAGAUGGCCAGUGUAUAAAAAUUACUCGAAUUAUCCAGUUAUUAUUACUAGAUAAUCAUAUUUUAAAUCAGUUUUUCUGUUUACAGUGUAGGAACUUUAUCUAAUACAAGGUAAAAGUAUGUACUGUAUAGCUAUGGUAUGCUUCCCUCUAUGACUUAGUUAUGUCAAAAAUAGUAUUGCAGACAUUUUAAAAGUAAUUGGUUUUUCAGGAGUGAUAUCACUGCACCCAAGGAAAGAUUUUCUUUCUAGCACAAAAAUAGAUGAAUGUCCUCGAGGAAACCACUGGCUUGAUAUCGUGUGACUCAUGUUGCCUUUGAAACUAGUCCCCCAUCACCUUGGUAAUGAGCUCCGUUACAGAAAGUGGAACAUAAGAGAAUGAAGGAGCAGCAUAUAAAACAGUAGAAAGGGAAUGGCUGUUAUAACAAUAGACCAUAUUUUGAGUAACCCUGUAUUUUUUGCAAACUAGAUGAAAAAUUAUAGGGAUAAAAUAAAGAAUUGAAUGAACACAUCUUACCAUUUUGUGAAUGGUUCUGAACGUAAAUUUCUACUAAAAUAACCUGGACCUAUAUGUGUUACAUCCAUUUUCUUUUCUGAUAUUCUAAAAAUCACACAACUUCACAAAAGAAAAAACAAAUGUUUCUUCUCUGUUCUUAGGUUAACAUUGAAAUGAGGUAUAUGCUAUUGCUAUACUUAUUUCACAGAUUGUGACUGCAAUUGCCUAAUCAGUAAUGCAUAAAUGUGUCAAAAUGUAAUAGUGUUCAUGUCUAUAAAUGUUGUUCAUGCCUGUAAAUAGAGCCAAAGUAUUCUACUCUAUAGCCUUUCGGUGUAGUGAAAAAUAUCGUGUCUCAUCAUACUAGUAUGAGUUUUUUAUUUUUGUAAUUUUAGAAAUUUGUAGUUCACAUUAUAAUGUUCCCUUUUAACUUACUAUUUUUAAAAGGGCAUUGUAAAUAUGGAAGUAUUCAUAGAGUGAAUUGCUAUAUUUUCUGUUCAGAAAAGUACACACUUAAAAAGUGUUAUUUAUAACAAAGAAAUCACUAAGCACUGUAGAGAUUCUCACAGUGGAUCUAUUUUCUGACAGUUUCCCGUGAUCCAUUAAAGCAUAUCUGCUUAAAUGUGGGGCUUCUAUCUAUCUUCAGAUCGUCUCAUUAAAAUGAAGAAGCAGUGACUAGACUUCAAAAAUAUGUCAUUGUUCUGUACCCACCUAUAAAAGUAUGCCAAUACACUAAAUGUCGUGAUUUUAAUUUCUCCUGCUAUUGAAAUACAGUCUGUCAAAUCUUUCUUUAACAAAUAAAAUGUUAUCUAAAUGAA